AUGUUGUGCCGAACUGAUGCAGCAUGCACAGAAAUUCUCCAAUGCGGAAGUGGAACUAUAAGCAGAUGUGAUAAAUUUAUUGAAGGUUUUGAAUAUUGCACGUCUUGUCGCGCGGAGUGUAAUUCUGACUUGGAGUGUUCCUUUCUAAACUGUACAGGAAAUACACCAUACAAAAAAUGUGCCCAAAACGUCUGCCAAUGCGUUGAGUGUAACGCUGUCUCCGACUGUGCUUCCCAUACCUGUCCAGCAAAUACGCCAUACAAACAAUGCUACCGAAACACGUGCAAGUGCGUCCAGUGCUUGCAAACCUCCCAAUGUCCCGAUUGUACUGGAUUCUCGAAGAAAUUAUGUAGGAAGAUCGGAGAUCCGAAAAAUACGUGCGCAUGCUUGAAUCCCUACGGCAAUGCCGAUUGCCACGCAAACAACUCGCUUGACUGCCGUUUAUUCUCAGUGGUACCGCCAUGUUGUUGGCGUAGGUGCGAUUCGAGUAUGGUGUGCCAAUGCAGAACUUCAUCUGAUUCCCUUUUGAUUUGUGAAGGCGGAAGAGACGGAUUCGAGUCACGUGCUGACUGUUAGCAAUGUUUUCUUGCUGCAUAAUUGGUUGGACAAAGUUAAUUUUCCUUUGAACUAGAAAUUUACCUUAACUUUAAACUUUGA